UUAGAAAAAGGAGGAAGAAAACAAAAGCUUUUUUCUUGCUAAGAAAUGUGGUUCAUCAUCAAGAUCUUUUGCUCAUAUGUUUUAGGGUUUCUUCUGUUUGCAAGCGUCCUCCAUGGCCGAGCCUUUGUUCGUUAUAAAUUCAUACUGGAAGAAGCUCCAUAUACAAGACUUUGCAGCACAAAGAACAUCUUGACAGUAAAUGGACAGUUUCCAGGACCAACUCUCUAUGUUACUAAAGGGGACACCAUCAUAGUUGAUGUGUUCAACAAAGGCCGCUACAACGUAACCAUUCACUGGCAUGGGGUGAAAAUGCCAAGAAAUCCAUGGGCAGAUGGUCCUGAAUAUGUGACGCAGUGUCCAAUUCAACCAGGAGCUAAGUUUAGACAAAAGGUGAUAUUUUCUACUGAAGAAGGGACUCUAUGGUGGCAUGCUCACAGUGACUGGACAAGGGCAACUGUCCAUGGUGCUAUAAUUGUAUAUCCCAAGCCACCAACUGGCUACCCUUUCCCCAAGCCUCAUGCAGAAGUGCCCGUCAUAAUAGGAGAGUGGUGGAAAGAAGGAAUUACGGAGCUCUAUGAUGCAUUUCUUCAGUCAGGUGGAGACCCUAGCGUUUCCGACGCCUAUACUAUCAAUGGUCAACCUGGUGAUCUUUACCCAUGCUCAAAACCAGAAACUUUCAAGCUUAUGGUUGAUUAUGGAAGGACUUAUCUACUUCGAAUAAUCAACGCCGCAGUGCAAGACAUGGUCUUCUUCUCCAUUGCAGGACAUAGUUUCACAGUAGUAGGAACAGACGCUAGCUACACAAAGCCAUUAACAACUCAUUACAUCACUAUAUCCCCUGGACAAACCUUUGAUGUCUUGUUAAAAGCUAACCAGCCACCUAACCACUACUACAUGGCUGCUAGAGUAUACUCCGCCGUCAGUGACCUCCUCAUAGAUAACACAACCACCACCGCCGUCAUCCAAUACAAUGGAAAUUACACUCCAUCGUCACCCCCUUUAUUACCUAGCCUUCCUUAUUACAAUGACACUUCUGCUUCUGUCAACUUCACUGCUAGUCUCAGAAGCUUAGCUGAUGAAGAACAUCAAAUCCAUGUCCCAUUGAACAUAACUACAAGAAUGUUUAUUACAAUCUCGAUCAACACAUUCCCUUGUCCGAAUGAUUCUUGUGCUGGACCAAAUAGAACGAGACUGGCUGCUAGUUUGAACAACAUAAGCUUUGAGCAGCAGUCGGUGGAUGUGUUAGAAGCUUAUUAUUAUCGUAGAAAUGGAGUUUUUGGAAGUAAAUUUCCCAACUUUCCUCCACUCCUAUUCAACUUUACAGGCGAAUAUUUGCCAUUGUUUCUGGAGGCGACAAGGCGGAGGACGGAGGUAAAGAUAUUAGAGUAUAACUCUACGGUGGAGAUAGUUUUUCAGGGGACGAAUGUGGCUGCAGGAGCAAGUGAUCAUCCAAUGCACCUCCAUGGAUUCAGUUUCUAUGUGAUUGGAACAGGACUUGGAAAUUUUGACAAGGACAAGGAUCCUUUAGGGUAUAAUCUUAUUGACCCUCCUCUUCAGAACACCAUUGCUGUUCCCAUUAAUGGCUGGUCUACCAUUAGAUUCACAGCGGACAAUCCUGGAGUGUGGUUCAUGCAUUGCCAUUUAGAUCGUCACAUGUCGUGGGGAAUGGAUACAGUGUUCAUUGUGAAAGAUGGUGAAGCUCCAAAAGCACAAUUGCUGCCUCCGCCGCUGGACAUGCCGCCCUGUUAAAUUUCUGGAUGCAUUAAUUUCCAUCACAUACAUACCGCAAUUAAAGUUUAGAACGUAUUUGGCCACGCGAAUGUGAAUUACUCGAAUGAUAAAGAAAAUAUUAUGUAAUUGUUCUGUGGUGCAGUGCUAUAAUGAUUGGACUAAAGUUGCUUAUAUUCCUAAUUAUAUUCCAGUUUAAUUU